AUGAACAAAAUCGAUGUCUGGGGAUCUUUGGAGGCCGAGGGAAAAAUAUUAAUAAUGAUGAAGCCUCAACACAACGCAACCUUCUCACGCAUGAACAAAAUCGAUGACUGGGGAUAUUUGGAGGCCGAGGGAAAAAUAUUCAUAAUGACGAAGCCUCAACACGACGCUUCCCCCUCAAUAGCCCCCAAAAUCGAUGACUGGGGAUCUUUGGAGGCCGAGGGAAAAAUAUUCAUAAUGACGAAGCCUCAACACAACGCAACCUUCUCACGCAUUAACAAAAUCGAUGACUGGGGAUAUUUGGAGGCCGAGGGAAAAAUAUUCAUAAUGACGAAGCCUCAACACGACGAUUCCCCCUCAAUAGCCCCCAAAAUCGAUGACUGGGGAUCUUUGGAGGCCGAGGGAAAAAUAUUCAUAAUGACGAAGCCUCAACACGACGCUUCCCCCUCAAUAGCCCCCAAAAUCAAUGAAUAG